GAAAGUAGUCUUUUCGAAAUCGUAGCGCCAUCUGUCGACAAGACAUUUUCAUGCCGGUUUAGAGGGAAGAGAAAUUAAUCUAAAGGACUUGCUAACCCUUUGUAAUGAUGGGCAAGAAGAACAAGCGUGGAAAUGCAGUGGGCUACAGUCAGUCUGACUGGGUUCCCGUGGACGUGUCUGCUAGAGAGCCACAGUGGCGUGAGCCGGGCAGACAGAGUCAGCAACCUGCACGGCGACAAAAUUACGGGGCCCAGGGUCGGUGGAAUAGAGAAUCGGAAUGGUAUCAUCGUGGCUUUGACGAUUUCUUUGGACCGAAUGUGUAUAACAAUAAUUACGGAAUGUAUCAACAGAAUGACCCAAAUUAUUGGCUAAAGGAGCAGAUUCGACAACGAGAAUUGCAGUUAGCUGAAAUAAUGGAGAGACAGAGUCAGCUUAUUUCACAGACAAGAGGUGCUAUUGGUUUAAAUCCACCACCACCUUUGAUGUCAUUGGAUGUAAGAAAGCCAAGAUUUGGACGCCAAAAUUAUGAUAGGGUUGGCUGGAAACAGAACAGGUCUGCACCACUUCCACCAAACAAGCGUGUGCAUUGUGAAGUGUGCAAAAUUACUGUUGAUGGAUCCUUCAAGACUCAUUGUCGAUCAACAACACAUAAAAGAGAAGUGCAGGUUAAAAGAGGCUGUGGUUGGUGUGGAAUCGACAGCUUCAAGUCUUUCACCGAGCUACGUGAGCACCGCAUGACCCAGGGACAUGUUGAGAAACAAGAAAAAUAUGGAAAGAAAAAAGGUGAAAAGGAAAAGGAUAUAACUGACCCAGAAGAUAUGCCUGCAUAUGAGCCAGGAUGUGUUAGAGGUCAGAAGUAUGUGACACCAGUGACAGGAUUUUAUUGCAAGCUGUGUAAGAAGUUCUUCCGUGAAGAAUUGGCAGCGACUAUCGACCACUGCAGCUCAGAAGGACAUUACGAGAAAUGGAAGGAGGCUAAGUUGAUGAGUCUCCGUGACCGGAAGAAUGCUAAGACCAAAGAACAGGCCAAUGGUGAUGAAGAUUCCAAAGAAGACGGCAGUGAAGAUCCCAAGGAGGAUGCCGCCGAUAAUUCUGCAACAGAAGAAGAUGUCAGCAAGGACAAGGAGGAGAGCACUGGCUCGCAGCAGACGGGACCAGACAGCGAGGACACGUCCGACGAUUCCCAGUAGUCGCGGAGACGAGGCCGCGGCACUUUAACAAUGUUCCAUAUGUGUACUGGCUUGCUCUAUUCACUUGUAAUGUUGUUUCUCAACUUGGAAUAAGGUGAUGAUAAUACUGCAAACUAGAAAAUGUUUUUUUUUAAGCACUUCAUGUUUGGCUAAGAAUUUCUAGAGGAUUAAUUGUUCAGGCUAACGGAAAGAAACAUAGUUGAAAAUUUCCAACAUGAUUACCUAUAAAAAGUCAUGUCAAUUAUUUUCUGUGAUCUUUUAAAUAAUUGGAAUUUUUUUUAAUUCUAUUUGCCUUCUUUUUUUUGUGUGUGUGUUUAAAUCUUAUUAUAUUAUAGGUUAAAGGUGUUAAUCAGUUUUGGGAAGAAUAAAAAGUUGACUUGGGUGUCAUUGAUUAGGACUUUUAUGCAAGCCAAAUUGACUUCAAUGUAUUUAUCAAAUGAUGUCUUUUUUUUGUGUGUGUGAUUUUUUCCAAUAUCAUUUAAGACCUUUUCUACAAAAUAAACAUAUAAACACAUAUGCUUUAAUAGUGAAAUAGUAGAAUUCUAUAUAAGUUAAAGUAGAUAAAUUUCAAAUUGGUUUAUCUAUAAUAACUCUGGGACAUCUCUCAGGGCUUUAGAUCUCACUAAUUGAGGCACAACAGGCAUUUUGCCUUUUCUGAGCACACCAAGGUCUUUUAAGUGCAGUAAUGUUGUUAAUGGAGUAUAUUCAGGAGUAUGGUAAGGAGUAUAUUCAGGAGUAUGGUAAGGAGUAUAUUCAGGAGUAUGGUAAGGAGUAUGAUAAGGAGUAUAUUCAGGAGUAUGGUAAGGAGUAUAUUCAGGAGUAUGGUAAGGAGUAUAUUCAGGAGUAUGGUAAGGAGUAUAUUCAGGAGUAUGGUAAGGAGUAUAUUCAGGAGUAUGGUAAGGAGUAUAUUCAGGAGUAUGGUAAGGAGUAUAUUCAGAAAUGCAUUUUAAGUUAUUUUAAUCUAAUUACAGCUCAACAUUCCGUUGAUUUUGGGAUGAAGUGUUUUGAGGUUAGCAUGUUUGUACUUAAUUUGGGCACAUCCUUUACCACCUCCGUUUUGGUGCAAUCUAAAGCCCUUUUCUUUUCCCCAAGUUGGUACUGAAAGUUAUUUGCAUUAGCAGGAACUAGGAGUUAACUAAUGCAAGUAUUUACUCAGUAGGAACAAUUAUUAAAAUGUUAAAACAAUUGCAGCAACUUGAUUAUGAUUUUAGUUGCAACAACUAUAUUAAGAACCUUUUCUCUUCCUACUUUCUUUUUAUUUAAUAGUAUCCCACAUGUAUAUCAAAAUUGUGGUGUAUUUAAUGUUUAUAAUUUUAGUAUUUUGUAUAAAAUUUCUUUUGUUUAAUUUUGUUUAACACAAGAGUAUGAUGCUCGGAGUACUUUCAGAUAAACUCGACAUCUGUGUGUUGUUUGUUACGGCUUCUUAACAGUGACCAGGAUUCUGUUGUUAAGACUUAUUCUUUUUUUGUUGCUUUUUAGUUUUUUAAAUUUCAGUUGUUUUUUCUCUCUCUCUCUCUCUCUCUCUCUCUCUCUCUCUCUCUCUCUCUCUCUCUCUCUCUCUCUCUCUCUCUCUCUCUCUCUCUCUCUCUCUCUCUCUCUCUCUCAUAUUACUCUGUUAACCUUGUAGGUGUAGAUUGGCAUCAUCUGUGUCAUUCAGGACGUAAUGUCCUUGGCCCUGAAUGAACAUGAAAUUAAAAUUAUCUACUGUA